AUGUGUGCCCAAAGGACUUCUGAAUGGCCCGGAUUUUGCACGUGGACUAAGUUCCAAGCAGAACCCAGUCCUAUUGAUGAGUUCAUCUUUGACCCGCUCUACACCUGGAGCCACUCCAUCCGCAUGCCCACCUACGGGCGUAUCACAGAGUCUCCCCAAGACUACAUCCUGAGUCUCGGCUGGAACUCGCCCGAAGCGUACCAGGAGUUCAAAGCUUCCCCCGAAUACCAACAGCUGAUGGACAACUUGGGAGUUAACUCGACCCAACCACACACUCAGAUCAUACUCUUCGAGAACCAUGACUUUGGAUCCAUAUCGACUCCCAACACGGAGAUUUUGACCGCGUAUUGGCCCCUCUCGCUCUCUCCCGAGAUACAAGACGCAGUCUGGGAGGAAGAGCCGCUCGUCCACACACCAGCGUCUAGGAGGCAAAGCGGUCGCUGCUACAAGCAGCCCCCGGUGUUUGGAUGGGUCGACGAGCCAGAGACCUGGAACGGCGACAAGGCUCUGGCAAGUGUGUGGUUACACGACUGGAAGAGCGAGGAGCUAGAGGCUAGGUUCAAGCGCACCGAGAAGAGGGCUGUUUCCAUAGGCAGAGACAUCAUCUACCCGCUCGCGAUUGAUGAUUUUGAGAAACGCCUACGGGAUCUCGGUGCUCUCGGCUGGGAAUCGGUCCAUGUUCUUUUCAAGGAUCUCAACUGGAUUUAUGACAAUGAAAUUAAGCGAUAUUAUUGCCUCGAAAGGCUGAGGCUUGACAGGUUAGCUAGAGGUGUAGAUGCUGUUUGA